AGCCUGGCGAGGGACGCGGGCGGGGACGGAGCUCAGAGCGCUCGCUGCUGGAGGGUGAUGGCCCUGCGAGACUGCAGGGUCCGACCUUACCCGGAGUCGGCGAGAAGCUCGCGUAGGUGCGGGAUUCCUGGCGAGCGCUGAGCGGAGGCUCCAAGCACCCGGGGUCUUUACGCAUUCCACGUCCACAGACUCGGACGAAGGCGAAGAUCCGCUCUCGUUUUAGUUGCUUGUGGUGCUCCGGAUCAUGUCCGCGGCUCCCGGGACUCCGCGCGGAAAAAGAAGUUUGCCGGGCGUGGACCCAAUGACCUUUCCAAGCUGUGUGCCUCACUGCCUGGACCAGGUCUGAGAGGCGCUGCCCAGGCGGACCUUUCUGCGGGAGGGUUUCUCUUCGUGCUGUUGUCUCUCUGAGUUUUUGCCGGAGCCCCACACCCACCCGCCUCCGAGUCCUGGAAGAAAGGGGCAGCUCCCUCAGCCCCCAGCAUCCCGGAAAAUGGGGAGCAAGGCCCUACCGGCGCCCAUCCCGCUCCACCCGUCGCUGCAGCUCACCAAUUACUCCUUCCUGCAGGCAGUGAACACCUUCCCCGCCGCAGUGGACCACCUGCAGGGCCUGUACGGUCUCAGCGCCGUGCAGACCAUGCACAUGAACCACUGGACGCUGGGAUACCCCAACGUGCACGAGAUCACCCGCUCCACUAUCACCGAGAUGGCGGCGGCGCAAGGCCUCGUGGACGCGCGUUUCCCCUUUCCGGCUCUGCCCUUUACUACCCACCUCUUCCACCCCAAGCAGGGAGCCAUUGCCCACGUCCUCCCAGCACUGCACAAGGACCGGCCCCGUUUUGACUUUGCCAACUUGGCAGUGGCCGCUACGCAAGAGGAUCCCCCUAAGAUGGGAGAGCUGACCAAGCUGAGCCCCGGGCUGGGUAGCCCCAUCUCUGGCCUCAGUAAAUUGACUCCGGACAGAAAGCCCUCCCGAGGGAGGUUGCCCUCCAAGACAAAAAAAGAGUUUAUCUGCAAGUUUUGCGGCAGACACUUUACCAAAUCCUACAACUUGCUCAUCCACGAGAGGACCCACACAGAUGAGAGGCCGUACACGUGUGACAUCUGCCACAAGGCCUUCCGGAGGCAAGAUCAUCUGCGGGAUCACAGGUAUAUUCAUUCCAAAGAAAAACCCUUCAAAUGUCAGGAGUGUGGGAAAGGAUUUUGUCAAUCUAGAACUCUAGCAGUUCACAAAACUUUACAUAUGCAGGAAUCUCCACACAAAUGUCCCACAUGUGGAAGAACCUUUAAUCAGAGAAGUAAUCUGAAAACUCACCUUCUCACCCAUACAGACAUCAAGCCCUACAGCUGCGAGCAGUGCGGCAAAGUGUUCAGGCGAAACUGUGAUCUGCGGCGGCACAGCCUGACUCACACCCCGCGGCAGGACUUCUAGAGAAGCCCAGGAUCUGUCCCGUGCCGCUGCUCCCCUCCCCAGACACUUCUCCACGCCUCCCACGGUGGGGGGGUGUCCCACCCCCAACCCUUCACUGACCCCAGGUCUUCCCUUGCUGCAGCCGCACCUGCAGCUCCAGGGACUUUACUUCUCGAGGACUGAGAACUGUAGAAAGCCACACACGUACCGGUACAUCCUUUCACAAAGAGCAUAUGCUAGUUUCUUGUAGAUAUUCACAGCUCAUUUUAGAGCUCUGUACAUAAUGUCGUGGGUCUUUGUUUUGUUGUUUUGUUUUGUUUGUUUUUGUAUCUUGUUGGAUGCACCUAGAUAUGGAAAAUGGAAGCCAAAUUUAUCUUUAAAGACUGUAUUUUCAAAAUAAAACCUUUUCUUGUUUGUUUCAACACCCCUGCAAAUGUGUCUUGCCAUUUAACUUCUGUUUUCCCUGUGGCUUCCGGAAGAGCGGGCUGCCUCU